UAACCGAACUGAAACCAAACCGAACAUUUUAAAUACUCGAACAGAUCCUAAACCUCUAGAACCGAAGAAGCGAAGAAACGAACCGAGAACAGAACGCCCAAGACUAGGUAAAAUUUUUUGUAUAUCUUCUAAUAGCACUUACAAGAUCCUCUAUACUCUGGGGAAGCAAAAAGAUGGUUCGUUUUUCAUUAGGUUGAACCUUUGUACAAUCUAUUUUUGACUAAUAUGAAAUUUACGGUUUAGCAAAAAAAAAACAAUGUCUCUUCCAUCCUCUGAUUUCGGAUGACAUUUGGAAGCAACAAGUUCACAUAAAUCUGUAAGUCAAUGACUGUUUCUGCACGUCAGAUGACCACAACAUAGCCAUUCAUUUCUAUCUUCUAGCCUCUAAUUAAAUUGGAUUCCUGUGAAUGCAUUUAACGUAGCACCUCAGAUCAACUAAAGACAAAGAAGGCUUAAGCGUAAAGAAAGUACUCACGGCCUGGCCCAUAGAGGCCCAUAUAGGCCCAUUAGUUUAGGUCCAGUCCAAAGAUUCCUUACGCGAGAUACCGAUUCCAUUUGUCGACGACUCGAACAUAUCCGCCGAAGAAACCUCUUUCACUAAGAAAUCAUCCAAACCUGAAAGAAAAAUCAAUCUUCCCGGAGAACAAACAACGCCACCGCCGUAUCGACGUCGCUAAUCGGAGAAAUCGAUCCACAAGCCUUCCUCCUCAGCAGGAUCAUGUCAGGCCUCCUCGAAGGAAUCCCAGACGCAGUCGCUCUACGCUGCCUCGCGCACGUCCCCUUACACCACCACCCAAACCUAGAGCUCGUCUCCCGCUCCUGGCGAUCCGCGAUUCGCAGCGACGAGCUCUUCAAAGUCCGCAGCGAAGAGAAAUCAUCCGAAUCCCUCCUCUGCGUCUGCGCCUUCGAUCCCGAGAACACCUGGCAAGUCUACAGCCCAAGCUGCAACCGCUGGCUCACUCUCCCUCUCCUCCCUUCGCGAAUCCGCCACCUCGCUCACUUCGGAGCCGUCACCGCCGCCGGAAAGCUCUUCGUCUUGGGCGGAGGCAGCGACGCCGUUGAUCCGUUGACCGGCGACCACGACGGCACGUUCGCGACCGACGAGGUCUGGUGCUACGACUUUGUGAAGAGGCGUUGGACGCAGCGAGCGUCGAUGCUUGUGCCUCGUUCUAUGUUCGCUUGCUGUGUUCUCGAUGGGAAGAUCGUUGUCGCUGGAGGAUUCACCACGUGUCGUAAAUCGAUAUCUGGAGCUGAGAUGUAUGAUCCUGAGAGCGACGUGUGGGCUUCGAUUCCUGAUCUCCACAGGACUCAUAACUCGGCGUGUUCGGGUUUGGUUGUGAAAGGGAAAGUUCACGUUUUGCAUAAAGGGUUAUCGUCGGUGCAGGUUCUUGAGAGUGUUAAGGUAGGAUGGGCGGUGAAAGAGUAUGGUUGGCCUCAAGGUCCGAUGGCUGUUGUUGAGGAUGUGCCUUAUGUAAUGAGUCAUGGAGUUGUGUAUAAGCAGGAAGAGGAUGAUACGUGGAAGAUGGUUGCGUCGGCGUCUGAGUUUAAGCCGAGGAUUGGAAUGGCGAUGACGAGUUUGAGCGAUGAGGUUUUGCUUGUAGGGGGUGUGAUUGGACCUGAUAGGGAUAAUUGGGAUAUUAAGCCGUUGUCUGAUGUGGAUGUUUUGUCGGUUGGGAGUGAUCGUCCGGUGUGGCGGAAGGUAGCUCCGAUGACUAAGUGUCGUGGAACGGUGCUUGGAUGUACGCAGUUGACAAUCUGAUGGGAACGAUGAUGUUAAGACUACGUAUUUACUGUUUUUCUUUGUUUUGUAACCCACUUGUCUUUUUGAUCAUAGUAUGUCUUUGUUAUAAUGUUUGGAUUAUUGUUUCAAAAAACUCUUCACGGAAAAAAAGAACAUAGCUAAGAAGAUACCUUCAAAACA